UCAUGGUCAAACUUCAAAUCGCAUAAUUAUAAGAAGGAUUCUACAGUUGAAAGACGAUAAAAUAAAUUAUUGCAGAAGAAUUAUAAGAAGGAUUUACUGCAAGAAUUAUUGGAAUGAUUCACCGCAAAGGUACGAACAUGUCUUCUCCAGGUGCCAAGACCAACGCAAUGCUAAACGCUGUUACUGAUGAAAUGAAGUUGUCUGGCCUCCCGUCUGGUUUUACAUUCAUGCCAAAAGAUGAAGUUUUGAUAGUUUCCUAUCUCGCCAAAAAAAAUUUAGGAGAAAUAUUACCACCUAACUUAAUGAAGGAAAUGCCAGAUUUCAAUAGCCAUCAUCCUAAAGAACUUAUGCAAAAUCACACGGGGUAUGAACCAAAGAAACCAACCGAUUGGUACUUUUUUACUCAAAAGUACCAUGCGGAAAAAGAUGUUGUGCAUCGCACUGCAGGAGCCAAUGUGGCCAGUAGCACCACCAGGGUUCGGGGUCGUGUUCCAGGGCAAGGCUUUUGGCUGUCAAAACAACCUAGUUCUUCCAUCAAUUUAAGCGAUUCUCCCAAUAUCAUUAUUGGAUGCAAACGCACUUGGGAUUAUUAUGAAGAGCGGGGUUCUGAACAAUAUGAAACUGAUUAUGUAAUGCAAGAAUACACCGCAACAAUGGCAGCAGUUGGAUCCGGUGGCUAUCAUUCUGAGGAGGAGAAGAACAAAAAGGAUGAAUUCAUUUUGUGCCGAAUAUACGACAAGAAGACUAGAGCUGAUGAACCAAGCAUCUUUUGAAAAAUCUAUAUCAUGCCAAUGAGAUGUUAGACGGCUGGAGGAAACUGAAGAAGAUAUUGGAAGCAA